AUGUCAGGCCGACAAACGCCUACGACUUUGAUUCCGCUCACUUGCGCUCAGAUCCAUCUCGUUCGCUCCCUAUGGCGACAAAUCUACACAAGUAAAGGACCGACAGUUAUUGGCACCAGCAUCUACCAUCGACUUUGCUUCAAAUGUCCACAGGUGAAGGAACAAAUACGAAGGGUGCCACUGCCGCCGAAAUUUCAAAACUAUGAUAGUUUUAUCAAAGCACACUCUAAGGCGAUAGGAGAACUUAUUGAUCAGGUUGCCGAUCAUGGACUACAGAUACUUCGUGUGGACAGCUCACCGAACUGUUAUCAACUAAGACUUCUAAGACCGCCCUCAAACGACCUUUUACCCAUGAAGGUAGUCGAUAAUCUUGACAAUCUGGAUAACAUGGCUGGUGAAUUGAUCCGUGUUGGGCAAGUACACGCGAAACUACUACGUGGGGAGCUUACAGGCAAGCUAUGGAAUGUAGUAGCGGAGACGUUCAUCGACUGCACGUUGGAAUGGGGAGAUAGACGUUGUCGAUCGGAGACGGUGCGAAAAGCGUGGGCCCUGAUAGUGGCGUUCGUUAUCGAGAAGAUUAAGGUUGGGCACCAUGAACAGGUACGAUACUGGGAAUAA